GUUCAGUUGCCUUGACAAUCUUGACAUGGGAGUUUUUUGAGUAAUAUUUAACAAAUCGAAUUAACUUAAAAUCAUCAAUUCAUUAGAGCGACAAUUUUCGUACGCGCUUUUUUUAUUGUAAUUGUUUUUGUGAGAUGGUCGGCAAGAGCGAUGCUAUUAACAGCCGAAUCUUCCACCAGUCCUACGUGAAAUGUUGCAAGUUACAAAACUUGACUCCUCUUAAUAACUUGAUCCCUUCGGCCAAUGGAAAGCUACUGGAUUUUUGCGUGGAUAGGAUCAAAUACCCGGAGUGGCCACCAAUACUGAACGCCCUGAGCUGCGAUCUGAGUUUACACUCAGUCGCUAUACGAUGCAGGCAGCAAGUCAAAACUGUUCUAGAGCAAAUAGACUGCGAGCGUCUCGCGAAGACCGUGAACAAGCGAGCAGUGAUCCUCACGAAGUUCAUGCUGUCCAACCUGGUGGAAGCAGUAGCGCAGCUCCUGGCCGACACCACGCUUCUGAACUCCUUGACCCUGGAGGGACUGCCCUUGAGGAUACCUUACUUGAAUCCGCUAAGUGAGGUUCUUCUGAGCAACAGCUCCCUGAGCCACCUGGCGCUGCCGCGCUGCCUGAUCGGCGACGCGGGAUGCCUGGCCAUCUGCAAGGCGGUGCGGUGUCUUCCCAACAUCCUGACCCUCGACUUAUCCGGCUGUGAGUUGUCGCCGCUUGGGGCGUCCUACAUCGCUGACUUAAUCAAGUACCAAAAGAUCAACCGCUACAGCGAGAACUGGGUGCACACGCUUCGCUACAGGCUUCCGGAGCUGGACGCGAUGGCGGGGCUCCGGCGCAUCUCGCUGUGCGGCAACCCGCUCGGCGACGCGGGCGCCUCCGCGCUGCUCUCUGUGCUGGCCGACGACUUGUGGAUCAAAGCCGUGGACCUCCAGAAUUGCGAGGCGUCAGAGUCGACGGCCUCGGCGGCGCUGUUCGCGCUACAGUCCAACACGACCUUGGUGGUGCUGGAUCUCCGCCACAACUCCAUUUGCGGCGAGUCGCUGGCGAAAGUGCGGGCUGCACUCAGGAAAAAUGAGACUGGGGUUGGGGAACAGUAUACGUGGCUGAGCAGUGUCAGCAUGUGUUCCGGCGAUGGCUUCAGGGUGACCAAACCAAUCGCUUCCAGAAAUGGAGUAAGCAAAGACCGGAUGGGGCUGAACCAGAAGAGUGCACCAAUGAAACACACCAGCAACAAAACUACUAUCAACAAGAGGGAAAAAGACUACACGGACAUACUAGAGCAACAGCUGCAAGAGGAGGUGUCACACCGGCAACAGCUGGAGGAGCUGAACUCGCAGCUCGUCGAGCAGAUGAAGCAGUUACAGCAGCAACAGCUGCGCCGGUGGCGGGACGCGGAAUCCUUCGGUUCAGAGCAGUCCUUGGAGGCAACCUCGCGGUCAGGCAGCUCUGGCUCGUCAUGUUCCGUUCCGAUCGACCAGAGCACGCUGUCUUACAUCCAGCAGGCCUUCCGGGACAUUUACGCCUUCAUCAAGAACAACCAGUGCACGGGCAACUGUGAACACGAGCCGAAGGAGCGAAUCGCCGAAAUACCGGAAUCUGACGAGGAGCCAGACAGGGCCAGCAUUGUCCCGAAGAAGGCGCAGAGCACGCAUGUGAAGAUGACCGAGCUGGUCAAGGUGGAGAAGAUCACCAAGUCUGCGCAUCUGCUCGGACACAUACAGCACAUACGGGAGACCAUGCAGAUGGUGACGAAGCCGGAGAUGAUAGAAAAACAAAUGGGAGACACGAAGAAUAUUCACAACGAAGAACAACAGUAUUUAGACGUACUGCAAGAAAUGAAUUCCUCUACCAAGAGUAAAAAAGGCAGUAUUAUAUCGCGGAAUUCGCGAAGCAGCGGCAGCCUAGUGUCGGAUUCGUCGGACACUCUAGUGUCAUCGCGCCACGGGCAGCGCGCGCCCCCCUCCCCGCCGCCCGCGCUCAACCCGCGCGAAGCGCUAUACUCCUCGGAUGACAGUUCGUAAUUUUUUUGUUUUUGUAAAUUAACAUUUUGUGAGAAGUAAAUUAUUAUUUUGCAA